AUGAAAGAAUUGGUUAAAUUUGGAAAGUUUGCAGAGACAAAAGGUGUUCAAGCUUCUAGUACUCCAAUUGCAAUAGUAGCUGAAGAACAUGUAGCUCUAGCAAGAUCAAAUCUCAGUUCUUCGUUUAAGGUUGUUGAUGAUUCUGAUGAUGAUGAUGCUAAUGAUGAUGUUGAUGAUUCUGAUGAUGAUGAUACUAAUGAUGAUAUUGAUGAUUCUGAUGAUGAUGAUAGUGAUAGUGAUGAUGAUAGAAUGGAUUUUCGUAUGUAUGUACCACCAAAGGAGUCGAUCAGUAAGGAUGUGGAUACUCCAGCUGAGACAGAAAAGGAUGUCAAUAUCUUUAAGCAGUCAAAUGAUCCCACACCCAAACAGAUGGAUGCUCUCAUUGCUCAACUACAGUCAACUGCAAGGAAGCCUCCCCAAGCAGUUUCUGUUAUUUCUGAUUCUCCAUCUGAGAGUGAUAAAAUUGAUUCAAACGCCUCCUUAGUGCCAAGAAAGAGAAGACGUAAAGAUCCAAGGCCGGGAGUGCUGAGCUAG